AUGCCCACCAGCACAUCCCAGCAGCCAGCCAUGAUCCAGUCACAGCCGGCAGCGGCUCCAGCUCAUUCUGACACACACAUGCUAGUAGCCAACAACUCGGGUCGUCUAAAAUACGCCGAUCCCCGCGAUCUUCCUAGCUAUCCGUCCUCUGGUCUUCGUCCUGAUGGUGCUGCUGCAAGUGCUGCUGCUUCUCUUGGAUGGUCUAACCAGAAACCUAUCGAGCUUUGGAAACCCGACAAAACGUCAUCAGCAUCUGCAGCUGCUGCUUUAGCAAAAAACUACAAGAUGGCACCAACAUGGGAGCCAGUAUCAAACUCCGCCGGCCACAAAGCAGCCCUCUUAGCUGUUGGUUCCGCCAACGCUGCAUUGAACCGAGCACCAAGCCAGCAAAAGUCGCACGAAGGUUGGGGAAAUUCUGCUGCGACCCAAGCAUUCAACACAAAUCGAACCAACUCCAUGCGACAAGCCGGUCCAAAAACCUCCGACACUUCACUACAAGGACAAAAGUCCCUGGCCGCAGCUAAAGGGGCCAUGUCAACCACAAGACGCCGGGCUAAAUCCUCACCGUCGGCCCCAGAUACUGGUGCUACAUUGCCUGCCCAGUCGAGUACAAGACCCGAUGCCCUCAGCGGAGCUACAUUGGCACACAAGGCAAGCCUUAGGGCCAAGACGCCAACGGGGAAUGCAGGCGCUGUGCCGGUCACGACCAUGACUCGCAACAUGUUUACGUCCAACCCCCCAGUCAAGCCGGAGGUGGACGAACGUCAGAACAACGAACAACUUCACGCUUCUGCAGUUGCAAUGGCCCGCAAGAUGUACACACAACAGCAGAAACUUAUCGACGAGGCCAAGGAAAACCACGGACGUGAUACGGAUGCAGCACAGCCAAAGCCUUACAUUAACCUUCAGGAUGCUGCAUAUAAGCAAGCGCAAGAACGACUGGCGAAACUCGAACAGGAGCAUCAAAAGAACCGAGACUACCAAUCGUACUACGGAAAUGAUUCAACGCCAAAGCGCCGGUUCACAUUGACGUCCAAGUUGCGCCGUCGAUCUUCUAGCGAUGGAGACAUCGCUGACCAACAACAAUCCGAGAGGAUUCGGCAGCAAAUGUCGCUCUUCUCCAACAAGCUUACUGAAGUCGACCAGAGGAAGAGACAAGAUGACCGCAACGCGCUGCUCGCUGCGGCGCAACGCAAUGUCAAGGCCCGGCUACAGGGCAUGGAUGAGAAGGUCUAUAAUGAGACUGGCCAAGUGAACCCGACUCUGAUGAGCGAGUGGGAGCUGAAGGCUCAUCAAGUGGCCAACGCCAGCCACGACACUCGCAACCAAAACAAGGGUAAGAUUGAUAUCGGAGGGGGGAAGUUCAUGGACCCCCAGGAAAUAGACGUUAUAGCAGCCAGGAGAAUGCAACCCCUCUUGGAUGAUAUCAAUGAAAAGGCCGAAAUUGAGCGUGAAAGACUUGCCACGCUCAAGAUAGAGGAAGAGGCAAGAAAAGCCGAGCAGGAGAAGCAAAAGACGCGUGAUCGUGAAAUCAAGGAAAUCUCCAAAAAGCUCAAGGAUCAAGAGAAGCAGGAGCAUAGAACCAAGAAGGCUGAAGAAAAGGCAGCUAGAGCGGAAGAGAAGCGCCAGGCUAAAGAAGAGCGACGAAAGGCCAGAGGUGACACAGCGGUCUCGGGUGAUGAGGCUGUUGAUGACGGCGUCAGCACUCGAAGCGAAGAUGCUGUUUCGUCUCCCAUCGCCAUACCAAACGAGUCAACGGAGGCUAGUGCACCAGCAGCGAUUGACACAGAAACUAGCAGCACGGAGAGGGGGCGAAGAAAGCUUAGUGAUGCGGCAUCGCCGACUUCUAAGGUCAAGGGAUGGAUCAAAAACCGAUUCUCCAGAGGUAAAUCUCUCGGAGAGAAGGAUCGUGAAAACCAUGGCGAGAAGAGGGGAAGCUUUGUUGGUGGUGCAGCUCUUCGCGAACCUGAGACCAACCAGAGUGCUACAAGUCUGGACAAUCACGCAACCAGCAUGCGAGAUGUCGCCCUCGCUGGUCGUGUCACCAAUACCGAGUCAAACGACCGGGAACAAGAUGCUGUGCAUGACUCGCGGGGUGUCAGCCCUGUGAGCAGUCUUGAGGACGAUGACGAUCGAGUUUCGGCUAUCGCACCCCCUCGCGCAAUUGCAGACCCUGCGGAGAGAAAAAGUCAUAGUCCAUCGAGGGACUCCAGAUUUAGGGAAAUGAUUAAUUAA